AUGACGGACCUGUCCAACCUGCGGACGGCGUCAGCGUAUAUUAACAACCAGCUGCUGUCGCGCGGGCUGCUGCGAGAUGGUAGCACCAUUGACUUUGCCGAUCCGUCCGGCAACGGCGACGUGGCUGUCACGAUGGGGCGGAUCAUCAGCGUGGUCAACGACCUGAUUUUGCGGCGAGACCGAGACGCUGAACAUCGCGAGUCUCUCUCGGCGGCACUGCGAACAGUCCGGGCGGAGUCGCUGCGCCAGACCAACGACCUGCAGCGAACGAUGGAGCGGCUGGCCGAUGCGGAGCGCCACGUCGAUCUGGCCGACGCUGCCGAGAUACAGCUGCGCGCCCAGCUGGCGGCGGCCGAAGCGGCUGGCCGACGACUACGCGACGAUGCCGCGCGCAUGCGCACGCUCGUGGCGCAGACGCGGGCCUCAUGUACGCACGAGGUGCGGAAGCGCGACAGGCAGAUCGACGGCCUGAAAAAGGCCGUAGCUGAGGCUGGACGGGCGCGUGGCGAGCGGCGCAACCCGACCAUCACAUCGAUCACCAUUGGGGGCGGACAUCCAUCAAGCCACAGCAGCGCUGCUUCCUCGCCGAUGCCGUCGGCCGCCAGCGGUUCCGAGUCGGCCGGGACAUCGGGGGGCGCGUACGACCUCCGGAGCGAGACGAACGCGUUUCUGGCCGAGCUGGCACGCGGCCUCAGUGACGACAAUGAAACGCUGCUCGGGCUCGUGCAGCACACCAGCCGACAGCUGAAGGCGAUGAGCUGCUACGACGACGACGAGGGACCGCAGGCCAGAGACGCCGGCGCCGACGCCAGCCUCGAUGCACUCGCCCAGGACAUGGACGAGGUGCUUGAGCACCUGCGCAUCAUCCUGACGAAUCCGGCGUUUGUGUCGAUCGAGGAGGUGAUGCAGCGCGAGUCCGAGAUCGGCCGGCUGCGCGACGGCUGGGAGAAGAUGGAAGGCCGCUGGAAGGAGGCCGUGCAUCUGAUGGACGGCUGGCGACGCCGCAUGGCCACAAACGGACGGUCCGUCAACAUGGAGGAGAUCAAGAUGGGACUGCGACUGAGUCCGGUGCGGGUCAAGAAUGUGGCCGAGACCCGCAGUCUGGGACUGGAGACGCUGGCCGAGGCGGAUGAGAUGGAUGAGGAUGAAGAUGAUGACGACGACGACGAGGAUGACGACAACGACGACGACGAGACGGACGAAAAGAAGGGACUGCAGACAGAAGAGAUGGAGUAUAUCUAUGAGCGAGAGGAAGAGGAUAGAUUGCUGCAACAACAACUGCAGCAGCAGCAGCAGCAACAGCAAGAACGGCAAGAACGGCAAGAACGGCAACAGAAACAGCUCCACAAACUACUGCUAGAGCAACAGCAAGGGCACAGAAGAACGCGCAGCAGCGAGGACGGGUCACUGCGAUUGGUACCGGCUCCAGAAGGCGAAGACGAGCCGCGGCUGUUUGAAGACCUGGACGUCGACAGCGAGGAGGACGAGGAGGAGGAUGAGGAGGACGAAGACGACGACGACGACGACUUGGAGCUGGAUGAGGAGCCCAACGUGCAGAUCCUGGCACAGUCGCUGGUGAUGCCGUCACCAGUGCUGCACCACGUGACUUCGAGCAUGCAACCAGUCAGUCCAGCGCUCAGCAUGGCGGCCAUUGCAGCAAAGCUGGCGGCAUCGGAGCGCGAGGCAGAUGCAGCGCGGGUGCGGGCGAAGCUGCGAGCCGUGCGAGGAACGCGGUUGGGGGUCGAUAGAGCGAAAGAGGUGGUGCGGACGCCGAGAGAAGAAGCCGUCCGGCAGACGGAUCGGUUGCCGGCCGACUCGGUCGAUCCGGUCAAGCGCAGCCGGCCGGUCGACGUGGAUGCCAUGGACGUGGCCGAGCUUGGACUGUCGGGGCAGUCGGCACGCUCAGGACCCGUCCAGCGGUCACUGCGAUCGGCUCAUGCGUCACCCUGCAGCUCGACGGCCGAGCUGGCCGUGCCACGGAGGAAGCUGCAUCGGGACCAGCGGCGGGCCAGCAAGACCGGGAUGGAGCCGAGCAGAGGGCCAGCCAGUGCGGCGAGCAUGCCCAGGAAGCGAAAUGCAAAGGCGGCAGCAGACGGGGCGACGGACAGCGUGACCGCACAGGCUGGCCGCGACGCCAAGAAGGCGAGGACAGCUGAUGACGAGGCUGCUGACUCGGGGCGACCGUCUUUUGGAGGUGCAGCUCGCAGCCGGAUGGAAGCCUUCUGGGAUGAUGGCGUGCAGAAGCAAGCGGACGGUCAGCUGGAGGCGGCCCUGGCAGCGCUUACCAAGAACCAGACACGGCAGCAAUUCAAGGCGGCAGGCGUGCCGCUCAACACGAUCUGUCCGAUCGGUCGAUGCUCGUGCAAAAACUUUGUGGCGGCAGCACAGACACGACGGCAGCAGCAGCAGCAGCAAGAGAGACGAGACCCAUUUCCGAUCAGUCAGCUGGACCUGGAUGCGGUGUACCGGCUAGCAACGUCACGCGGCUGCAGCUGCGGCUCUGGGCGGGUGCGCUGUGACGAGCGGUCGCACGUGGCAGUGGUAGACCGAAUGGCGAUGGUGGCAGCACGGCUGGGUCGUCACGACGAGGCGCUCCGGCUGGCACAGAGCAUCGUGGAUCUGGCGCCACAGCGGGCUGAGGGCUAUCUGCGGCUGGCCAAGGCGGUGAUGGGCAGCAGCAGCCACGACCGAUUCGCGGCUCGCUGUCUCUACGCCCAUGGCCUCCACAACGUGCAGACACACGGCAACGGCGACGACCCUCUCGUGCAGGUCUUGGCCCACUGCAGCGCGCGCUACGGCUCGGCCGACUACCUGCCGCAGCUGCCGGUCGAGACGGUCGAGGCGGUGCUGUCCCAUCUGACGCUGGCCGACGUGCUGCGGUGCUGCCGCGUCAACAAGACGUGGGCAUCGGUGCUGCGACAGGUGCGCGUCCGGCUAGACUACGUCGAGCUGGGACAUCGCUUCGCCGUGCAUCGAGCCGGCCGCGGCUAUCGGCCGGAUGCGCCGGUCGGCCUCGGCUCCCUCGCCCGCCUCUUACGACGACUGCCGCAUCUCGAAGCGGUGGCCCUGAAGCUGAGCGCCCAAGGCUACCUCGAAAAGAACGGCCGGGUCGAUGCCACCGGUGCCAUGGCGCCAUGGAUCGCCGCGGCCCUGCACCAUUUUGCCGGCGUCGAGAGCCUGACGAUCUGGCUGCCCGAAACCUGUCCGCGCAGCUUCGCCGACAUGCUGCGCCAGAACGACAGCCCGCUCCCGCCGUCGCAGCGUGCCCAUGUCUGCCUGCUCAGCCGCUGCCAAACGCUGAGCCUGAGCAACAUCAAUCGCUCCAAUCGUGCCGCCGUGCUUGGACUGCUGACCGACGCCGGCCCGACGAUGCAGUCGCUCCAGUUCUGCUGUUUGAAGAAAGGGACCAGCAUCAGUGUCGACAACGUCGACCUUGCCUUGCCGCACCUGAGGUCCUUCUGGAUCUGCAAAGGCUUGUGGACACUUCUCCCUGCUCUUGAUAUCGUGCCCAGAAUCUGCAUGGCCGCGCCGGGCCUCCAACAAGUCUUCUUCGAUGAGGUUUCCUUCGACUUGACCGUGCACGAGGCCUUUCCGGGCUAUGAUGAGGCGGUGGUGCUGCAGAAUUUGCACACGUUCGCGGUACGCAACAGCAACCUGGGCACCACUCUCGGGUUCCCGGGCCCGUUUCCACGGCUUCCGGCAGCCACGAUGCGGUGCGUUGAACUGAACUGCGCGAACCGCGGCGGCGAAAUAUUGCAAGAUAUGGUGCUGGGAGCGCUCCUGGAAGGCCUUCCGGUGAGCGGUGGGAUGCCGCGACUGGAGGUGUUUCGCUGCGCAGAAUCGCUGAUGGAUGAGUCGCUGGAGCUGCUGCUGCAGAGCACGAGGGGCGGAUCUCUAUACUCGCUAGAGAUCUGCGGCAAGGAACUGGAGGCGUCACUGCUGUACGACGAGUGCCUGGCCGUGCCGCAUCCGAAACAGCUGCGCUGCAUCGGCCUCUGCAACCUUGACUGGGACCCGGACCCAGGACUGCCAGGUUAUGUGGCUGGCCGGUCUGUCAUCGCCUGGCUGGCUCAGUUUCCCUGCCUCGAGGCGGUCCGACUGCAUCUGGAACGGCCCGACGAUGGCCGUCUGUUGCUGGCGCUGGUCGAGACGAUCCGGAAAGCGAGAGAGGCUGCCAAGACGGACGAUGACAGCACGACCCAGAGGAAGAGCCCGUGGGCCAAACUCGUCACUAUCUACUACAAAUGCGGCUCGUCUGUCACGCGAGACCGAGCCGAGAACCAGGCCCGCAGCCUCGGCAUCACCGUCGAUUUCACGGACCGUGAUUUUUUUACGACGCCCACAAUCUUCCCAUACCCGGACAAGAAAGAAGUUUACGCGUGGUGGAAGAAAUGA